GUCCGAGAAGAAAAACAAGAGGUUUUCAUAAUCUACUGCCUGCAACAUGAGAACCAGGUGCUGCUGUUUCUGUAUCUGUGUGUUUGCAGUAUUGUUAAACAAAGCGUGUCUGCAGGUCACUGUUGAAGGUGAAGUCGGAGGCUCUGCUGUCUUGCCCUGUUCUUCUAUUGACAAUCAUCUUAAAGAAGAAGAUAUAACGGUUUAUUGGAGACAUAAUAGCAGCCAAAAUGUUUAUGACAUAAUUGAAGGUAAAGGAUUGGUGGAGAGGCAGGACCCGGCGUACAAGAACAGAGCUGAAACCUUCCCUACUGAGUAUAUGAAAGGAAACUUCUCGCUCAAACUCAAUAACCUUCAAUUUAAUGAUUCAGGAAAGUACAUCUGCUACAUCACAAAGGCACAUAAAAAUCCAAGCACGCAGCUUUUUGUCAAAGAUGGAGGAAACCAUGGAGCAGCAACAAGAGCAGAGAGGAUUGUGUCAUCUUUAAUUCUGCUCCAUAUUCUGCAGUAUAUAUGA